AUGAUCAAUAUUAAUUUAAUAUAAAUUAUAAAUUCUGUUAUGCCAAAACUCUAUACAUUCAAAGACCCUAAUUUCAAUCCAUUAUAGAAUUAUAUUGUAGACAAAACUUUAGGAUAAGGAACCUUUGGAAAAGUGAAAUUAGGAAUUCAUAAAUGCACAAAUGAGAAAGUAUGAACUCACUUCAAUUUUACAAAGGUAGCGAUUAAGAUCUUAGAGAAAGAGAAAAUAGAAAAUGAAGCUGAUUAUGUGAGGAUUCAACGUGAAAUUCAUAUUCUACGUAAAAUACGUCAUCCCAAUAUCAUUUAAUUAUAUGAGGUAUAUGAAUAAAGUUAUAAGAGAUAAUCGAAAGUGAAAUUAAAUUAUAUCUAAUAACUGAAUAUGCACCAGGAGGAGAAUUAUUUGAACAUAUUGUAUCUAAGUCACGUCUAGAAGAACGUGAAGCUGGACGUAUAUUCUUUUAACUUCUUAAUGCUAUUGAAUAUAUUCAUCAACUUGGAAUUGUACAUAGAGAUCUAAAACCUGAAAAUAUACUUCUUGAUUCUAAUAAAUAAGUCAAAGUAGUUGAUUUUGGAUUAUCAAAUCUAUAUCAAAAUAAUCAAAAAUUACAUACUCCUUGUGGAAGUCCUUGUUAUGCUGCACCAGAAAUGGUUAGUGGUUUACCUUAUGAAGGAUUAAAAACUGAUAUUUGGUCAUGCGGUAUCAUCUUAUAUGCAAUGAUUUGUGGGUAUUCAUUUAUAUUCUUAUUCUAGUUGUGUUCCAUUUGAAGAUCAAAAUACUAAAUAACUUUAUGAAAAAAUCAAACAUUCUGAUUAUAAAUUACCCAAAACUGUCUCUCCUUAAGCUGCUGAUCUACUUAAAAGAAUUCUAUAAAAAGAUCCCUCCAAAAGAAUCUCUAUCCCAGAAAUUCGAUAACAUGAUUUCAUCCUUUUCGCUGGAAAAAUGACUAUUCCAUAAGGAGUAAACACUAAGUAUUAUUAAAUAGACUAUUUAGAUUGGAUAAUUUUAAAAUUGAUGUCGAUUCUACUAUUCUUUCACAAUUACUUUAAUAUAAUAUCUCAGAAGAAGAAGCUCUUUAAAUGAUUUAAAAUAAUAAACACAAUUGUAUUACCACCUGUUACUAUCUACUCAAACUCAAACAAUUAAGAGAAAAACAAAUCAAACCUGAUGUCCCACCUAAAACCAUUUCUAUUGAAAAAUAGAAUUUAUUUAACAAAACUCUAUAAAUUGAAUAAUAGAAAUCAUCCCCUUUAGUCAAAUAAAAACUAUAUUCAUAAUAGUAACCAACAUAAACUUAUAAUUAAGAUGUAUAACAAUAAAUUUUAUUGCAUCUCUUACAAAACUCAUAAUAACAAUAAUAAUAACAAUAAUAAUAACAAUAACAAUAAUAACAAUAAUAACAAUAAUAAUAAUAAUAAUAAUAAUAAUAAUAAUAAUAAUAAUAAUAAUAAUAAUAAUAAUAAUAAUAAUAAUAAUAAUAAUAAUAAUAAUAAUAAUAAUAAUAAUAAUAAUAAUAAUAAUAAUAAUAAUAAUAAUAAUAAUAAUAAUAAUAAUAAUAAUAAUAAUAAUAAUAAUAAUAAUAAUAAUAAUAAUAAUAAUAAUAAUAAUAAUAAUAAUAAUAAUAAUAAUAAUAAUAAUAAUAAUAAUAAUAAUAAUAAUAAUAAUAAUAAUAAUAAUAAUAAUAAUAAUAAUAAUAAUAAUAAUAAUAAUAAUAAUAAUAAUAAUAAUAAUAAUAAUAAUAAUAAUAAUAAUAAUAAUAAUAAUAAUAAUAAUAAUAAUAAUAAUAAUAAUAAUAAUAAUAAUAAUAAUAAUAAUAAUAAUAAUAAUAAUAAUAAUAAUAAUAAUAAUAAUAAUAAUAAUAAUAAUAAUAAUAAUAAUAAUAAUAAUAAUAAUAAUAAUAAUAAUAAUAAUAAUAAUAAUAAUAAUAAUAAUAAUAAUAAUAAUAAUAAUAAUAAUAAUAAUAAUAAUAAUAAUAAUAAUAAUAAUAAUAAUAAUAAUAAUAAUAAUAAUAAUAAUAAUAAUAAUAAUAAUAAUAAUAAUAAUAAUAAUAAUAAUAAUAAUAAUAAUAAUAAUAAUAAUAAUAAUAAUAAUAAUAAUAAUAAUCUUAAUAAUAAUAAUAAUCUUAAUAAUAAUCAUAGUCUAAAGAACAUAAAUAGCCAUAGGUUUCAAAAGUUGCUGAAACUGGAGGAUCUUCAUCUAUGGAAAUGUUUCUAAAUAAAGCGUUUUCUGAUAGAAAUCAAAAUAAAUCAUAAACGUAUUAAUUUUAUCGAAUAUUUACCCUAGAAAAGGUAAAACCAAAUCUUAAGAUCCUGUUCCUCAUAGAGAAAUCUCUGCUCCAAAAAAAACUGGUUUACCUUCCAAAAACCAAAAAUCUAUCUCCCAAAAACCUUCUAGUUAAUCUAAAGGUUAAUUAGCUUAAUUACUUGCUGUCAAGCAAUCUAAAUAUUUAGGCAAUACGUAUCAACCUAUUCCUAAUUCUAGAGAUUCAACUACUUAUGUUAGACACAAAAGCAAUCUAAAAUUCAAACAAGGAAAUACUGAAAGAUCAGAUCGACAUAGUAGUAUUAGUUAGAGAUCUGAAAUUACUUAUCUAAAAAGAAGUGUAGAAAAUAGAAGUAGCUAGCAUAUUAAAAAUGAUCGUAAAACUAGGAUUAUUAGUACCUAUGCAUACAAUGAUACAUAAAAACCCAUAUAAACUUAACCUAACGAAAGAAUAAAUGUAAUAUAGUAUUAACAUUUUAGACGGAUCUAAGUAAAGAACAAUCAAAUGUACUUCAAUCUUAAUAAUAGAGAUUAACACAUAUGGAUAAUUUAGCAUUAGGAAUUCAAAUCUAUAAACAUAAUGUUUAGAACAGAUUUCUAAUAAAAUAGUAGUAAAAAAGAAAAAGCAAACAAUAACAAUGA